AUGGGGUCCAGUCUGAUUGAGAUGGAGGUUGCUGUGGUGCUGGGAGUGAACCUGGAGAAGGAUGAUAUUCAACUUUGGGACCAAGUAAAUGCGGCUGAUAUCCAUAGAGUCAUCAUCAGGAGUAGUGGUUACAGCCUGGAGUUCUGCAAUGCAGCACUCCAUCUGUGUGGUAUUGACAGCAAUAUGUGUGCAUGUAAUUGGAGGAGCUAUAAAGACAUGCUGGAACUUAAACAGAAGAUAGCUUGCUCUUUUCCUUCUGCACGCGCCAUAACCACUCAGCAUCCCCAAUCCCACUUUAUCAAUAUGAGCCGCCCUGUUACUUGUUCAAAAAAUGCCAACCAACGCCCCGGUCAAAUUGUUCUUGAUAUGCAAGUCAAACGUCAAAACCGUGCUGAGGUAGCCGAAGAAAAGAAACAGAAAGUCCUGGAUGAUAGAAUGACCAAGUUAGUAAUUAGGCAGGCUCUUGCAGCUCUUGCGGAGAGAGAAGAAGUACAAGCCAAGGAGGACCAAAUUGCACGGUGUCCUGGUGCCCAAGUGAAGUUAAAAAAGCAAACUGCUCCUCAGCGCCAUCAACUCCGUCAUAGUGAGAGGGAGGUGACUGUUUCUGACAGUGAAGGGGAAGGGGAAGGGGAAGGGGGAUUGUUAGUGGAUGGCCAGGAGGAAGUUGAAGGAAUGGCCAACCUGUCGCCUCCAUCACAGUGUCCUGGUACCCAAGCAAAGCUAACAAAAUAUCCUGCUCCUCAGCGUCAUCAUCUCUGUUGUACCAAGAGCCAAGUGAUUAUUCCUGACAGCAAAGGAGAAAGGUCAUCGAUCAAUAUCCAGGUUGAAAAAAUUGCUGACCUAGCACCCUCUCCUGUGUCUCAGAUCCGAGCCAUCCAGACAAAAAAGAGGCAGCUGGUUUGCCACAAGACCAUGCACUAUGUUGUUCCUGAAAGUGACGGAGGUGAGAAAGAGGAUGAGGAAGAAAUCAAGGAGAGGCUUCCAUCACCUGACAUUAACAACUCUGACUUGGAGUUCUGUGAGACGCAACCAAGCACUGGCCCUGAGUACCGCCCCAGGAAAAUAGCCAUCAAUAAUGAUGACUUGGAUAUAGAAAUCAGCGAAGGUCCAAAUACCACAACAGAGGCCAAUGACUUACCUGGUAGGAGAAAGGGGAGGGCUAGGCAUCAUGUUGCAGAAACAAGUGACAAGGAACAGCAGGAAAGAAAGAAGAGGAAAACAAGUGCAAGGGAAGCCAUCAGCAUGUUGCGAAUGCAACUGGACUUGGAUACUUGCCACAAUCAGAUCAAGUCAACCGGUACCAGUGGCAACAGCACGUCUAUCAAUGGCCUGGGUCACUGGCAUCAGCUUUUGCCGGCUAAAUCAGAAUGUGGGAGGCAGCAAUGGGAGGAAGCAAAUGUCCUCUGGCAGUUCAAUGUCCUCAAGGGUUGGGCCUCCGAUUUCGCCACUAGUGCCAAAUCAAAAAAGAGGGAGUAUGGAAAAUCAAAACUUACAUCCACAGCUGCAACCUCAGUGAAGAGCACCUCUGCUGUGUUUGAAGGUGGCGGUUUGGUAGAUUCAAAUGAAGAUGAGGUAGAUGAGCGGGCCGCAUUGACAGGGAAAAAAUGCACUACUUCAUUGGCUUUGGUCAAAAUUGAGGAGGGAACUAUUGUUCCAGCACCAAAAUGCAUCAAGUGUGAGGGCCCAAAUGUACGAGUCAAACCAAAAAAUGGUGAUCUUCCUGAGGGGUGCCAUAUUGAAAACAAAUGGCGCCUCAUUUUUGUACCGACAUUCCAAUGGUGGCUUGGGACAUCAGAAAAUCCUUGGAAUCUCAAUGAUCCAAAGGUUACGCUGUAUUCACCAAUCUACAAUGUGCUUGGUCAACAGAUCUAUGAAUGGCGCAAUGGUUUUAGUUCGACUGCACAAGCCAUGGUGCAGCACCUCUUCGACACCCAGCCUGCUUUCAAGUCCUAUGACACCCGUCAAGGAUGUCCUCAAUCAAUGCUUCAAGGCUUGAACUACAUAUACAAAGAAGUUGAUGCUAAUUCUUUGCAUGUUAACUUUUUUUCUUCUUAA